AUGACAGAAAUAGACAAAUCGAAGGUACGCCUCAAGUGCCAAAUGCUGCAAGAGGCAUAUAGCCCAGGUGAGAACCUUACGGGUGAGGUUCAUCUUGACAUCGCAGAGCGUGUCACUUUCUCAGUGCUGAAACUAAAUAUACUGGGGGUUGAGCAGAUUAGUGGGUUGAUAUCAAAUACCUUCUCUUCAUUGACUGAUAAGGAUUCCUUAACGUAUCUGGAUCACUGGACCGCAUUUACUUCAAAAACGAUGAACAACAGUGACAGCGAGGCUUUAACUUAUGACGCAGGUUGCUACAAGUUUCCAUUUUCAAUACCCCUUAAUCCUGCGCUCCCUCCAAGCUUCACUUCUGUGAAUACCCAGUCCUACAUUCGGCUCAAGUACAUGGCAACUGCGAUUUUUGAGAUCUCUAAACAGUAUAGUAUCGUUUCCGAGGCAUAUUUUCGCAUCAAGUCAGUCGUACCUCUUCGUCAACUAGCAGCGCAUGCGAAUUGUGAGAUGCGCACAGAUUUCGAAGUACACGUUUACCGACACUCGUGCAUGGGGUGGGUUCAUGGAAAGCAACCUGAUGAGUCAGUCCACCUGUCGGCUAGAGUCGACCCCUGCAUCAUUUGCGUCUCUAGGCGCGAUGGGGAGAGUGAUAGGAGUAAAAUUCCUUUUAAGGUGAGGCUUUCGGUUCGCAAUAACUCCCGCAAGGUUCUUAAGGAUGUUGAUGUAAAGGUUCAUCAGAUCACCAACAUUCGCUAUGCAAUGCUAGAAUCCUCAGACUGGACCCUCGUAGCGCACAACUGCCUGAGUAAGGUAUCCAUUCAGCCUGGCGAGCUGAGGGAGCUAGCUAUCGAGAUGAAAAUGGACGCUGUCGACUUUAAUGCAAAGAUUCAUACUGGGGUAAAUAUGCUACUUCCCUCCUUCAGUACACCAUUUAUUGUGUCCAAAUACAUUGUCGUUGUGAACUUUCCGAAAAACAAAACGCAACGUAACGUCUCCUUCCUUGGCUUACUCAACGUAGCCGAGGAAGUGUCAAUGGCGCGGCAAGCUGUCAGAGUACCGCAUGCCUAUGUCCCUGCUAACUUGACCACAGAAGCGCACUAUCUCACACACCCAGAGAACAUUUCGCAUCUUGAGGAUGACAUGUUCAUGAUCGAACAUCAACCAUACAUUCCAAGACCUGCACAUGAACAGAACGUGUUAUUUAGUCAAACAAGUGAAUAUUCAGACUUGGAUGAUCAAAAUUCAGGUGAGGUUGCCGAGGGUGGCCAAGUAGAAGAGCGAGAAGAGAAGCAACUACAUAUGAUGGGAACCCCGAUACCAGGGCAUAUUAUCAGGGGUCAAGUUUAUCUUUCCCCCAUAAUGGGAUUGUGUUCAGCCUUGGAAGCUUUAAAAGACAAAAAGAAGGUAUCCGGAUAG